ACUCGUAAAGAUGUCCGGCCAGGAUGACCCAGUUCAAAGAGAAAUCCACCAGGAUUGGGCAAAUCGCGAGUAUAUAGAAGUGAAUUCAUUUGAUAUGUCCUGUCGGUCCCGGUUAGCCACUCUUAAUGAGAAGAGGCUAACUGCCUUGGAGAGGAGGAUUGAAUACAUUGAGGCAUGGGUUACUAAAGGCGAAACCUUGACCUAGCUCCCGUGUAGCUCAGUUGGUAGAGCAUGGCGUUUGCAAUGCCAGAGUUGUGGGUUCGUUUCCC